AGAAGAGGGACUAAAGCUAUUAUUUUGCUUUGCCUUCCCACAAGGCUCCUCACCACAAACUAUGGUUUAGAGACAUCUUUUGUCCCUCCAGCUGUGUUAUGCUAUUGCUCAGAUGAUUUCACCAGCACACCAAGCUGCUCCCCUCUACAACUUGAGCUUUCCAGACUUCCAAGGAGUAACUUUAUUGGUAAACAAGAAUAAAAAGAACCAGUUGUGUUAUCUUUGCAGUGAGGAGUAACUCAUGCAUCUUAUGGUAGAGGUACAAAUUUAAGUAUGGGGAUCCUGAUUCAGCUAUCAGUCAUUUCCCUUCUCUGGACCACUACAGUAUUUUGCCAAUACGAAGACUAUGAUUUUGGGGACGAAUACGAUGAGCCAGAUCAUCAACAUCCAUAUUAUUUUAACUCUAAUCCAAGUGCACAAGCUGAAGUUCCUCACUUUCCUUUUCCAGUUCAGUGUGCCAGAGAAUGCUUUUGUCCACCAGAAUUUCCACUAUCAAUGUAUUGUGACCAUCGUAAACUAAAAACAAUACCAAACAUCCCUGCUCACGUUCAACAACUCUAUCUGCAAAACAACGAUAUUGAAGCUGUACCUGCAGGACCAUUCACUAACGUUACCUUUUUAAGAGAAAUUAAUCUGAGCUACAACAAAAUUAAAUUUCAUCUGAUUGAUCACGGUGUUUUUGCCAAAUUGUCAAACUUAGUGCAGCUUCAUUUACAGCAUAACGAAUUAGAUGAAUUUCCAUUCCCUCUUCCCAGCUCUCUGGAGAGACUCCUCCUUGGUUUCAAUAAGAUUUCUCAGUUACCUGGAAUUGCAUUGGAUGGAUUACCAAACAUAACCAUGCUUGACCUUUGCAAUAAUUUUCUUGAUGAUUCAGCACUCAAAGGAAAUCACUUUUCAGUCAUGAACAACUUAAUGCAGCUGAACCUGUGCAACAACAAACUACAGACUAUGCCUCCUAACCUGCCGUCGUCACUUAUGUAUCUCUCUCUUGAAAACAACUCAAUUUCUUAUAUUCCAGAAAACUAUUUCAGCAAACUCCCCAAAAUCAUCGCCUUAAGAAUGUCUCACAAUAACCUGCAGAACAUUCCACGCAACACCUUUAUUAAUCUACCAAACCUUAUGGAACUUAACCUUGGACAUAACAAAUUGAAACAAGUAUUCUAUAUUCCAAGAAGUCUGCAGCAUUUGUAUAUUGAAGACAAUGACAUUGAAAUGAUAAAUGUUACUUUGAUGUGUCCCUCUAUUGAUCCAAUGAACAUCAACCAGUUAACCUACAUACGGGUGGACCAAAAUAAGCUAACAGCUCCAAUCAGCACAUAUGCCUUCUUUUGCUUCCCUCUCGUUAGAACCAUUUAUUACGGUGAACAAAACAGUAAUGCCAGCAAGUCAACACAAAUCAGAACACCGGUGUUACGACGACUUUUAACACCAGAAGAGUAUGAUGAAAUAGAGGAUGAUCACGAAACACGCGAUCAAGAAACUGAGGAAGAGCACGAAGCAGAAAACAAUUAUUUUUAUCCUCACUUCUGGUGAAAUAAUCAUUGUUAAUGAGUAUAUAUAGACAUUUUUCCUUGCCUGCGGAGUAUUCAUGCCCAUUUUAGAACAGUUAAAUAUUUUGGGAUCAUUCAGUUAUAAUCUAUAAAGUGGAGAUAGAAUUUUAGUAUACAUAAACAUGUACUAUAUCAUAGGCAACUCAACUGUCCUUUCCUCUGCACCCACACUUUGUUUUUUUCCUUUCACGUGUGUAGCGACCGUGAAGAUAUGGUACACAUUCAUAAACAUUUAGAUUCAGAUUUGCAGAAUCUAUCUUCCUUGGUUAAAAAAAAUGAAAAAUCAAUUAACAUUUAUCAACCUCAAGGACCCUCUGGCUUCACAUAGGAACAUAUAAAUAUAUUCAAUAUAGUUUUAAAACUCUUUAAAAUUUUAAUGGACAUUAUAUAUGCAAAUAUAAAUAUUAGCAUCUGUAACUUUUAUAGUUUUAUUAACAUAAACAUAGUAUAUUAACUGUAGAUCUUAAUCUCUUUCAGUUUUUAAGUGAAGAGCACACAAUCAAAAUUAAGACACUUUUUUGAGGACUUUCAGCCUUAAAAAGAGCACUAUUCAACUAUAGUAGGUGUAUUAUAUGCAUACACAUAUAUAAGAUCAGAAACUGCUUUGCUUUAUUUUUCAAAGUUGCAUUAAAGACAAAGCUUUAGCAAUUAGUUGCAUUUUUUUCUUGAAGUUUUAAAGAUAAGCCAAUAAAUAUAGCUCUAAAGUCUUAACUAUUCACGUAUCAUGAGUGAGCUCAAUGUAAAACUCCUCCAAACUGUCUACAUCAAAUUCUGAGGCAAUUAGUAGUACAGCCCAUCAGGUACAUCCCUAAGUAUACACAUCUACUGGUUUGUUGCAUCCAAAAAGAACCAAGUUCAAGUACUUUUAAGAGAUCUGUGAUACAAAUCAAAAUACAUUGACUUGGCCUUAUCAGAAGAUUCACUUGAAAAAAUGUACUCCUGAUCCUAAUUAAAAUACCAGCAGAAACAUGACCAGAAAACACAGUAACUGAUGAACAUAGAAUUUCAGCUUUGGACUAACUGUUCAGAAAGAACUGUGCUUUCCAAGUCUUAUCCUCGUAAACAAAGAUGGAACUUUCUUGAAAUCUAAGCUAAGUACUACUCACAGUCCACAGUAAUUAGCAAGGCUUUAUUAGAGUGCAGCAGAUACCUACUGAAGAUUUUGGUACCUAUGUAAACCUAUAGAGAAAAUCUCAUGAAUGUCUGGAAAAACAUUCAGUUACAACUUAGCUUUUGAUUACAAAACCAAAGCUCUCAGAGCUACAUGUCUGACAAACAUUUUUUUUUCUACUGUCUAUACUGUAAAAUACAGUUAUAAUCAAAAAAAGCACAAUAAAGUAACAAUAGUUCCAACCCAA